GGGCCAGCAGCAGCUUCCGUUCUGCAGUGUCGCGGCGGCGACACGUGUGUCUCCCCGUCAGGAUUUCUGGAUCAUCCCUACCCCUGGAGAGUUUGUGGCGCCGGAACGCCUUUCAGCUUUAAGGAUGAAGGCGAGAAGAAAUAAAAAACAGGUCCCAAGCUUUUAGGAAGUUGCUAAAACUAGUAAAGUCAAACUUGAAAACAAGCUAAAAAAACAAGCAAUUUUAAACACAAAGCAAUCUCAAGAAGUACCGAAAAGAACAGCGGAAACUAAGGCAAGCUGUAAAAGAUGCUGUGUCUAAGAAACCCAUUCCACUGGAGGACCCGAAGAAAAAACGGCCAGGUAAAAGGAUUGAGAGGGAAGAGGAGGAAGAAGAGGAAGCCCUACCUUUAGAUAUGAUGGAUGAAGAUGACUUACAGUUAAUGAAGGAUUUAGGACAAAGAGCAUCUUUUCUAACGAGAGAUCUUUCUUCUAGUGAACCUGUUCACGCCAAGAAACGAAAGCAUGAGAACAUUAUAGAUAAAUAUGAAAAAAUACCACGAUCUCUGCAAACUGCACCAGAGAAGGAAUUGAUUCACUUGCUUCCUAUCAAAGAUAAAAGUGGUAUAAUCCCACAGACCAGGGAAAAGCCAGUUCUUGACACUAACCAAGAUGAAGAGGAUCAAGAAGAGAUGGAACUUGAGGAAGAGAUUAUUGAAGAUCCUAUUCGCGAGCUGACCAUAGAAGAGCAUUUAAUUGAGAGAAAGAAGAAGCUACAGGAGAAGAAACUGCAUAUUGCAGCCUUGGCAUCUGCCAUAUUAUCAGACCCAGAAAAUAAUGUUAAAAAACUGAAAGAAUUACGUUCCAUGCUGAUGGAACAGGAUCCUGAUGUGGCUGUUACUGUUCGAAAGCUGGUGGUCAUUUCUCUGAUGGAGUUAUUUAAAGACAUUACUCCUUCAUAUAAAAUUCGGCCCCUAACAGAAGCAGAAAAAUCUACCAAGAUCCGCAAAGAAACCCAAAAAUUAAGAGAAUUUGAAGAAGGGCUUGUUAGCCAAUAUAAAUUUUAUUUGGAAAAUCUGGAGCAAAUGGUUAAAGACUGGAAGCAGAGGAAGCUGAAGAAAAGUAACGUAGUUUCCUUAAAGGCAUACAAAGGACUGGCAGCGGUGGCUGUGAAGAGCCUGUGUGAGCUGUUGGUGGCACUGCCUCAUUUCAACUUCCACAACAACAUCAUCGUCCUGGUUGUCCCUCUCAUGAAUGACCUGUCAAAACCGAUAUCGGAAAUGUGCUGCGAGGCAGUUAAGAAACUUUUUAAGCAAGAUAAGUUAGGCCAAGCUUCCCUUGGAGUGAUCAAAGUGAUUUCUGGAUUUGUGAAGGGCAGAAAUUAUGACGUUAGGCCAGAGAUGCUAAAAACAUUCUUGUGCCUAAGAAUCAAGGAAGUAGAAGUGAAAAAAGAUACAGAGGACAUUAAUAAACCAAAAAAGUUCAUGACUUUUAAGGAAAAGAGAAAAAAUCUAUCAAGAAUGCAGAGAAAGUGGAAAAAAGCAGAAGAGAAACUAGAGCGAGAGCUUCGGGAGGCGGAAGCUUCAGAGAGUACUGAGAAAAAACUGAAACUGCACACGGAGACAUUGAAUAUUGUGUUUGUAACUUACUUCAGAAUACUGAAGAAGGCCCAGAGGUCCCCUCUCCUGCCAGCAGUUCUAGAAGGUCUUGCCAAGUUCGCUCACCUUAUAAACGUGGAGUUUUUUGAUGAUUUAUUAGUAGUUCUACAUAGUCUCAUUGAGUCUGGUGACCUAAGCUAUCAAGAAAGUCUUCAUUGUGUCCAGACCGCUUUUCAUAUUCUUUCUGGGCAAGGUGAUGUUCUGAAUAUUGAUCCAAUGAAGUUCUAUACACAUCUCUACAAAACACUGUUCAAGUUACAUGCAGGUGCUACCAAUGAAGGGGUUGAGAUUGUGCUCCAGUGCCUCGAUGUCAUGCUCACCAAGCGCAGAAAGCAGGUUUCUCAGCAGCGAGCCCUGGCCUUCAUCAAGCGCCUCUGCACCCUUGGUCUUCACGUCCUUCCCAACUCAAGCAUUGGCAUUUUAGCAACUAACAGGAUAUUAAUGCAUACUUUCCCCAAAACAGACCUGUUGCUUGACAAUGAGUCUCAGGGAAGCGGGGUUUUCCUUCCUGAGCUGGACGAGCCCGAGUACUGCAAUGCCCAGAACACCGCUCUGUGGGAGCUGCACGCUCUGCGGCGGCAUUUCCAUCCCAUAGUGCGGAGGUUGGCAGCUCACCUGAUCGCGGGAGCCCCUUUGGAAGGCUCUGAAGCACUCAAACCAGAGUUGAGCCGAAGAUCUGCUAUAGAACUCUUUGAGGCUUACAGCAUGGCAGCAAUGACAUUCAAUCCUCCUGUGGAAACUUCAAGCUCCAAAAGGAAGGAUAAAGUUUUACAAGGGGAUUCAUUUUUGAAUGAAGAUUUAAAUCAGCUAACGAAAAGACUUUGCAAUGAAGUCGAUACUCAGUUGCCUCUGGAUUUCACCAAAUAUCUGAAGACAUCGCUACGGUAGCAGAAGGAUGAAGAGCCAGUGGACUUGCCUGUGCACUUGUGUAUUUGUGCAGACACACAUUAAGAUAAUGGUUCUCUUUUUGUACAGGGAAACUUCCCAGGGAAAUUCACCAAGGAGGAAGAGUUACUGCGUGGUGCAGGAUUCUGCCCUAAUUCUGAAACAUCUUUUCGUUGAGAAAGGAGAAUCCAACGCCUUUUCCUCCCUUAAUGUUUGGAAACUUCUUUCUUAAUGAUGUUGCCUUUUUGAAAUUUAAUAUACAUAUUAAGUUAGUUUUUUAAAAAAUCUUUGGACUGAAUUUAUUGGGAUGCAGUUGCUAGAUUAAAAGGAGGGCAGAGAGCACAGAAUAAACGAGACGGUGAGAUUGUUUUUUACAGUUCAGCUAGCUACUCUUUAUAACUAAAUAAAUCUAUUACUAUUACACCACCAUAGUUGGAAGUGAGAAAAAAUUCUAAAUUUGAGUAUGUUUCUAUGAAAAUUUUUGAGAAAAGAAAAAAUAGCUUGAAAUUGGACACCAGGUUCAUUGGCUCUUGCUGGAUGGUAGGUACACUUCAAGAAGGAACCUCAUCUGACCUUUGAAAAAAGGACAAGUGCUCAUUCUGGCUACUUUCAAAGAAAGUUUGAAUGUGAUUCUGGUCUUCAGAGUUCUUUGCAUUUUCUGGCAUGCUCUGGAGGGUGGUAGGGGAAGAACUGCCCCACAUCUUACCAUUCUGUUUUAAGGAUAAAGGGUACCCAGGGAAGGGCUUUUUUGUUCUUUUGUCCCUGUAUAGGUAAAAUGCCUUAUUCUUAUAAUUAUAAAGCAAUAUAAUACAGCUGUUACCAUAUUAUAAGAAUGGCCUAUGAAAUAAGUGUUUAAUGACCAGGUAUAAAAAUUUCUCCUGUGAAAAAUUGAAUAAAACAGCUGCUUUUUCUGCU